AUGACUGAGGAUAAGAAGUUAUUAAAAUCAAAAUUUGAGCCUUUCUCUAUCGAGCCUUUUUUCAGCGGUGGAAAAGCUUCCAUUUCAGCUGAUGGGAUUAUCCUUGCCACUACAGAUGAUUCAGAAGUUGUUGUUACUAAUUUUGAAACUGGUAAGAGAAUUGGUAGAAUUCGGGGAGAUGGAGAAUCUAUAACUACACUUGAUAUCACCCCAGAUGGAUCUUAUUUGAUAACAUGUUCUAGAUCUUUACAAAUGAAAACAUAUAAACUACCCAGUUGCGAGUUACUACGAACUACAAAGGCUCAUGAAUCACCAGUAAUUGUAAUGUGUGUUGAUUCAACUUCGACUUUGGUUGCUACAGGAGGGGCUGAAGGAUCGGUGAAAGUAUGGGAUAUAGAAGGCGGGUAUGUAACGCAUAGUUUUCGUGGACAUGCUGGUAUGAUUAGCGCUCUUAAAUUUUGGGGAAAUCAAGGAUCUAGUAAGUGGUUUUUAGCCUCUGCUUCUGACCAAGACAAUAAAAUCCGUGUUUGGGAUUUAGUUAAGCGAAAGGGAAUAGCAUUAUUUGAAAACCAUGAUUCUGUUAUUAGAGCUUUAGAUUUUUCGGAAGACGGAGAAACGUUAAUAUCUGGUGGACGGGAUAAAGUUAUUAAUUUGUGGGAUAUGUCAAAGUUAAGGCUUCUAACUACUAUUCCAAUUAUGGAUACAGUAGAAACCGCUGGAUUUCUCAAACCUGGGAUUUUGACUGAUGACAAAACGGAACAGAUAAUAUUUGCUGGUGGAGAAAAAGGAGAAACAAGCUUAUGGAGUUUAAAACGAAUGAGAAGAAUUGCAAUUUCUCCUCAUAGGCAAAAAAACACAACAGAAGAAACUUCGAUCACAGAAAUAAUUUACAAACCUGGUAUUGACUUAUUCAUUUCAGUUCUUUCGGAUGAAACCUUUCUUCAACUUUCGCUCGAGUCUUUAGAUUUAAAUGUAAUUCGAAGAAUCGGUGGAAAUCAUGGACAAAUUAUAGAUUGCACUUUUGUUGGUGAUAAUGAUCAGUGUUUAGCAAUUGCAACAAAUUCUCCAGAAGUUCGAAUCAUAAGACAGGAAUCUUUGGACCAUUCUGUUUUAGCAGCUCAUACAGGGAUUGUAAUGUCUAUUGAUAGAUCUUUUGAUGGACUUUGGCUUGGAACCGCUAGCAAGGACAAACAUGCUAGACUAUGGGAUCUUAGUGAAAUACUUAAUGGAAACAAAGAUAUGUUGGAGGAUAGUUUUACAAUAUUUUCAGGUCAUCUCGAUUCUGUGGGAGCAAUAGCGUUACCAAGAACACCAACAAUAAGGGAUAACCAAUCUAGUGUUCCGCCCCCGAGCUUUGUCAUUACAGGAUCACAAGACUUGACUGUCAAAAGAUGGUCAGUUCCAAGAAAAAGAGGUGAAAUUGCGAAAGCUAUAUAUACUAGAAAAGCUCACGAUAAAGAUAUUAACGCUAUUGAUGUUUCACCAGAUAACAAGAUGUUUUCUACUGCAAGUCAAGAUCGAACUGCAAAGGUAUGGGAUCUUGAAACUGGAGAAAUUAUUGCAAAACUUUCGGGUCAUAAAAGAGGUGUGUGGUGUGUCAAGUUUAGUCCUUAUGAAAAAAUCAUUGCCACAGGCAGCGGCGACAUGCAUAUAAAAAUUUGGAGUUUGGGCGAUUUUAGUGUGUUGAAAACUUUUGAGGGACACACGAAUUCAGUUUUAAAUUUAUCAUUUUUGACAUUUGGUGAGCAACUUGCUAGUUCAGGUGCAGAUAAUUUAGUUAAAGUUUGGGAUAUUAAAACGGGCGAAUGUAAUGCUACCCUUGAUUAUCACAAAGAAAAAGUAUGGUGUCUUGCUUUAUCUGACGACGACAAAACUUUGGUUUCCGGUGGUGGCGACGGGAUCAUUACUUUUUGGACUGAUGUUACUGAAAAAAAAAUUCAAGAAGAACGAAAUAACCAAAAUGAGCUUAUAAUGAAACAACAGCAAUUGGAUAAUUAUGUUUUAAUGAAAGACUGGAAAAAUGCCAUUGUGUUAGCUCUUUCUCUAGACCAACCUUAUCAAGCUUUAAAGCUUUUCACGCAGAUUCUUGAGAAUACCUCUGAACCAAAUAGUAUUACUGGAUUAAUAGCAGUAGAUAAGGCUAUUGCAACACUUAGUGACAAUGAACUUCUAAAAAAACUUCUUCUCAGAGUUCGCAAUUGGAAUACCAAUGGUCAAACAUCACUUGUCGCUCAAGCUAUUUUGAGCACUAUAUUAUGUUAUUACGGUAUCGACGAAUUGUGUGCUAUUGACGGUGUCUCUAAUCUUAUUGAAGGAUUGAUACCUUAUAGUGAAAAGCAUUUGAUUCGAACUAACGAAAUGAUUGAAGAAAGUUAUAUUGUUGAUUAUGUUUUAGAGAUGAUGGACUCGAUUUAG